AUGUCUUCACCUGCGCAAAACGAGCUGCGGUUCACAUGUAUGGCAGCCCCCAGUUCAUUUGACGCCACUCAGCUAAUCAACCUCAGCGUCCUCACCACUCAAAAGCUCCUCAAGUUCGCAAACACUCUCUCCGUUCCCGUCGUAACCACGACCCAAACCUCAGCAAAGCUUGGUCCCACAGUUUCAGCUCUAGCACAGCUCCUCCCCUCGUCACCACACGACAAGACACGCUUCUCCAUGUCCAUUCCCUCCAUCACCGUCGAUCUACCUCACAGCUCAGAAAUCGCUCUUGUCGGCAUUGAGUCUCAUAUCUGCAUUACCCAGACAGCCCUCGAUUUGCGCGACGCAGGACAUAAGGUAUAUGUCAUUGCCGAUGGAGUAUCGAGCUGUAAUCCUCGCGAAGUCGACAUUGCCCUCGAUCGAUUGCGUGCCGAGCCCGGAAUCACGGUCACGUCGAGCGAGAGCUGGAUGUACGAAUGCGUGGGAGAUUCGCAACAUCCUGCUUUCAAGGGACUAAUUGGUGUUGUCAAGGAGUCAAUUGCAGACACCAGAAAGGUUUGGCAGGCCUUGCCUCCUGGAUCUAAGAUCUAG